AUGCAGAGGCAUCAGUUAGAUGAUUAUAUAACGUCUUCCAGGCUUCGAAAGUCCUCUCGGAUAUCUGACGCAAUGUUACGGAAGCUGGCUUCUGUGAACGAAGCCUUUGAUCCUUUGUACGGAUCCCCGGUUGGGGGCGGCGAACUCGUCCCCGGGGAGGAGGUCAACCCUUGGCGGGGUCCCUUGGGCUCGGCAGACACAGGCAGGGCCAGGAGUGAGUUACAGCCACCUUCAUCAGACGGAGUGUCUGUUAGUCCGGUUGAAGAAUUCGACUAUUUUGAACCUUUUAUGCAACAGUACAACCUGAGUGACUGGACAGGUGUAACAGGUAGUGCAGUCCCUGAGUUAGGCCAGGGGGUGUCGGGAUCUGUGUUGCAGGCUGCCACCAAGGCAGCCACGGAUACCCUCCUGAACACGACCACUUACGAGGAGUUCUGGCCCUUCAACUUUUCCUCCUGGUGUCAAUGGAAUGAUUCUAACUGCUGGAACUCGACGAGCGCUGACGAAGAACCCCAGUAUAAAUACUGGUGCUUACUUUUGCUGAUAUUUCCAUUCUUCACUGUUUUUGGUAAUAUCCUUGUUGUGCUCAGUGUGGUCAAAGAACGAAGCCUUAGGACGGCCACAAACUAUUUUAUCGUGUCCCUUGGUGUAGCCGACUUAUUGGUUGCUGUUUUUGUAAUGCCGCCAGCAGUUUACGUCGAGGUUGUAGGAAAAUGGACGUUAAACAACGCUUUAUGUGACGCCUGGGUAGCAGCAGACGUCAUGGCAUGUACUGCCUCUAUCCUCAGUCUCACGGCUAUUAGUGUAGAUCGGUUUAUAGCUGUGACCCAGCCAAUCAAGUACUCCAAGCACAGGAACUCGAAGCGCUUCUGGGUAAUGCUCGCCCUGACGUGGGUCAUCUCGUUCGCUAUAGCAGCCCCUAUUGCCUUGGGUGUGAACUACUCGGACGAUCGGGAUGACGAGUUCUGUACCUUUUACAAUUCAGACUUCCUUAUAUAUUCGUCCAUGGGCUCCUUCUACAUACCCUCCAUUAUAAUGCUCUUUCUAUACGGUAAAAUAUAUUUCGUUUUACGACAGCGAGCAAAAAAGUUCCUCGCUCGGAAGGCUAAGACUGUUGACAGCAAGUCUUUACAAAAUGUUAUAGAAAAUACAGCAACGACAGCUGGUGCCGGCAAUUUAGGUCACGCCACGGAAACUUCAUUGAGUGAAAAUCUUCAUGAUAGGAAUAACAUUUACGCGAGAACGGGUGCGAGAUUGAGUGGAGCGUACAGCGGCUCGCUAACCUUGUCUCCGAACCCGAUCAUACAUGAGGAGAUCUCCACAGCCCUCCACACCACCUCCUCCACACACGAGGAUGACGAGGACGAUGACGAGGAUGACGUCAAAAGUCCGGCCAGUGACGAUCUGAAAGACCACGUGAUACAAAAUGAUAAGUCGGCCGAGUUCAUGAUGAGCCCUGUGAGCGGAUAACUCCAAUGCCACGAGAAGCGGCUACGCGCCCCCGACCACCGUGGAAGUGGAGACACAGUUCACCAGCCCCCUUGGAUCUGCACCAAAGCUCACGAAAACAAGAGCAUGCUGUCUCUGCCAAAGAAAAAGUUCCCUGGUUUGAGUCGAAAUGGGUCGGCCAAAAAGAAAAAGUCAGGUGGGAAGAAGAGUGUAACGCGUUUUAACUUUCACAUGCGACAAAGCAAAAAGAAGAAAGACAAGAGUGCGACGAGGAGGGAAAGAAAAGCCACCAAAACCUUAGCUAUUGUUUUAGGUGUUUUCCUGCUCUGCUGGUGGCCGUUCUUUACAAUUAACAUCAUGAAUGCCAUUUGCAUUCGCUAUAAGAUGAAAGACGUUGCGGCCUGUGCUCCAUCUAUGCUCUUCAGUUUUUUUGUUUGGUUAGGCUAUAUAAACAGUUUUCUCAACCCUGUCAUUUAUACCAUCUUUAAUUUGGAGUUUCGAAAGGCUUUCAAAAAGCUGCUCACUGAACCAUGCGCCAAAUAACAUAACCUUUACACGAAUAACACGAAAAGUCCGGAAGAAGCAGUGAGCCGUAUAGACUUCGUGGGACUUGCUUUGGUAUACACGUAGUCAGAAAUAAAUGAAGGUGUGUCUACAUUAGUAUGUCUACAGACUGGGAAGUGGCGUCCUUGGAAAAUUGUCUAACACCAGAAAUAUGGCGACCACGGAAAUUUGUUCAAAACCAGAGAAGUGGCAUCUAUGGGAGUUUGUCCAAAACAAGAUCAAUGGCUAUCUAUCCACAACCAGAACUAUGUUCUUCAUAAGAAGAUGGCCGCCAUCUGAAAAGUGACGUCAUAGUGGCCGAUGUUCUCAAGAAGAGUUGUUAAUAUUAAAUCCAUCACAAGGAAUACGUUCACUGUUAGAACUCUCCUGUAGCCGUCUUAAGAAUUAUAAACAACCGAUUAUGCGACGGCCAUUUGGCGGGCAUAGCGCUGGCCAGUUAUGUGCUGACCACAUUCAAUAGUCUAUCCCUGAACAGGGAAAUCAGGAGAUGUAUAGCUAGCGAGCUUCUUUACAGCUUGUGGCGAACUCCAUUAUGGUAUUAAAGGUUGUUGUGGAGCUCAUUUUUCCAGCACAUCAGACCACGGCUCAUCUGUACAUAAGAUCGCCUGUGUUCAGCGUCCACCAUGCCUGACAUCCUUGCCGAGGUAGACGGGUGCUGGGGGACUCCCUCUGGGGACUCCUGCCCUAACAUUUCACAGCACAUUAUCCACAGUAUAGUGAAGAAGUGUUCAUGCAGACGUAGGAACGCCAUUUGAGUGUUGUCGGUGGGUUUUUGUCAUUGUAACAACCGUGAAAUUGACAUAUUUUUUAUUAUUCUGCCUGUUGACAACAAGUUGGACUGGAAUCACAGGUUGCGUGGGUGUGGAGAUAAGUUUUACGUGUUGGGAUAAUUGUGUUAUUAAUUACAGAGUUUAAGUUUAGUUUUGCAUAUAUAAUAUAUAAUGAGCUCCAGAGCAUUGUUACCGUUAGCAAAGUUACUCACAAAAGUUAUAUAAAGUCUACUAUAGAGAGUUAGGACUGCGUCAGAGCUGUGCGGGAUACUGUCGCCAUACCACCGAGACACCUACCCGCCUACCUUCACAUACAGUCGACUAUAGUGUCAAUACUGUCCUACUGAGUCGUUGAUACUGUCCUACUGAGUCGUCGAUACUGUCCUACUGAGUCGUCGAUACUGUCCUACUGAGUCGUCGAUACUGUCAUACUGAGCCGUCAUUUGAUCAUAUUCUUUUGCGAUUCUACAACCACACAUAUUGUGUACGGUACAUAGCCACUAGGAAGGCCGGAGGCCGGAAGCAGAGGUGAACGCACUUGUCUGGUCGGUACGAAGUAGUUUCUCACAAAGGCGUGUACGCAUCUAACUCUUGGCGUGGUUUUGAGAGAUUGUUCAGACAGAAAUGGGUUUCUAACGUACUGAAGAAGAAAAAAAUGGCACAGCGGGUCCGGCUUCCUUUACUUUGUACAUUGUCUCACAACUUAUCAUUGUAAAAUGUCAUGAGUAUGUGUUUAUAGUGGUGGAAUGAGGAUAUCAGGCCUGCCAUUGAUUACCGUCGCCAUUUAACCAGAAACAAGAAAACAACCAAUCACGAUCAUAGAUUAACAUGGAUUUCAGUGAGAUUUAGAUUCUAUUGGCUAAAUCCAUUUGUGAUAUUCUCUGCUACAUCUCGUCUCCAGAAGGGCGGGUAUCUAGAAAUUCCAGCAAAAUGGGAGCGCAGGAUGUAAAAUGUUUGUUUGCGAACUUGUUUGUCUGGUUGAUGUUUGGGAAACCUUGUUUAAGCCCGAAAAAAAGAUCGGUAAGAUUCGGAAACACAGUCAGUGUUGCAAGGUAGUGGAAAGACUUAUCUCCUCUUGGCGGUGUUGGGUAAUAUCAGACUGACUUGGAUACUCCAGGCAGUGUCCGGUGGCAUCGACAGGUACCCUCGGCAGUGUUGGCCGGUAUCGGGCAGAUUGGGAUACUCUCGUCUGUGUCGGGUGGUAUUAGGCAGACUCGCGUACAUCCGGCAUUGUUGGGUGGCAUCGAGCAGACUCGGGCACUCUUGGCAGUAUCUCAGGAGGUAUCAGGCCCAGCGGGUCUGAAUCUGAAUCUUAGAGCCUGCCGUCAAGGCUAACCUGUAUUAAAUUGUCCAUCACAGUAUUUUGUACGUACGUGUUCAACAUAAGUGAUGUUAUUUGGUGCAAAGCUAUGAUGAUAUCUGUAU